AUGACGUAUGAGCUGUGCAUGAAAUCAUUCCAGUCGUGUAAGGCCACGAAUGUUUAUUGUGGAUUAGUAAUAAUGAUUAAACUGUGUAUUGUCGUGUGUGCAAUUUUCGCAUCAACAUGGGCGGAACGAAGGUUCAUCGAUCCAUUUCGCACGGUCUUCGAUCCACCGACGGAGUUCCAACCUCUGACCACCGAUGACGUGAAGACGGCGUGGAUCGAUAUGCCGAUCGACCAUUUUGAUCCACAAAAUCGGGACACGUAUCGUAUGCGAUAUAUGUACAACGAUGAGUUCUUCGGUGGCAAUGGCAGUCCAGUCUUUAUUCUAGUGGGCGGAGAAUGGGACAUAGUGCCCGGUUGGUUGCGAGCUGGGAACAUGUAUCUCAUAGCUCAGGAGAAUCGUGGCCACCAGAUAUACACCGAACACAGAUACUACGGGGAGAGUUUGCCUUAUCAGAACUUAACAACAGAAAACCUUCGAUUCCUGAACGUGGACCAGGCUCUAGCCGACCUCGCUUACUUCAUUGAGGACCUGAAACAGACACCGAGGUUUGCAAACAGCAAGAUAGUGUUAUACGGAGGAUCGUAUGCUGCUAACAUGGUGCUGUGGUUCAAGCAAAGAUACCCACACCUGGUUGUGGGUGGUGUAGCUUCUAGCGGCCCUAUAAAGGGUCAAGUUGAUUUUACUGGGUACUUGGAGGUGGUGCACAGCGCAUUUUCCUCAGAAGGCGGAUCAGGAUGCAUUUCCACGAUCAGGCAAGGCAUCACAGAGACCAUCGCUGCUAUGAGAACUGCUGCUGGUCGGCAAAGCUUAGAAAAAGCUUACAGGCUAUGCAGUCCACUGAAGUACGACAGUCCCUUCGACUUGGGCGUAUUCUCAGGGCUCAUCAGCUGGUCGUUUUCCACUUCGGUGCAGCAAGCACGCCCCGGGACUCUUAUCGCCAUUUGCAAUAACUUCGCUAACAACGUCUAUGGUACAACUCCAAUGGAGCAGAUCGGUGGCUACAUAGCGUCUACCCGCAACCUGCCGGCGGACGACUGCUGGGACAUAGACUAUGAGAGCUACGUCGAAAGAUAUCGCACGCGAAAUGACAAUUCGCGCGCGUGGUACUACCAGACGUGCACGGAGUACGGCUACUACCAGACGGCGCCGCGGGUCGGCACAGUGUUCGACGGUCUCGUGUGGCUCAGUGUGCCCUUCUACGUCGACGUGUGCAAGCAGGCCUACGACCCCAAAUUCGACGAGGCUUUCGUGUCGGACGCGGUGGAGCGAGUGAACCUGGUAUUCGGCGCGCUGCAGCCAGACGUCAACAGCACCAUCAACAUCCACGGCGCCAUCGACCCCUGGCACGCGCUGGGCGUGCACGACCGGGACCUUAAGGAGGGCUCGCCCACCAUCACCGUCCCCAGAGCGUCGCAUUGCUUCGACAUGCAAGGUUGGCGCGUAUCGGAUACCAUCGCAAUGACCAACGCCCAGCAGUUCGCGCGGCGAACGGUGGCACAGUGGCUGGCGGACUAGUCAAAAUAUACUUAUAUUGAACUGUUGGUGUCGUCAAUAAAUCUUAAUUUUAUUUAU